AUGGCGCCAAUGAAAAACAAUAAAAAUAACUGUAGUAGUAGUAACGGCGAGGCCGUGGCCCGUGAGGUCAAUGUCCUCGCCAGUUGCUACGUCGUCGACCCCGCUGCGUCCCUAAAGGGACUUCACUACUGCACUACCGGGGCUGCAGCCGUGUUCCAGGGUGAGUGGAAUGUGGCCGGUAAUGGCUCCUGCCUGACUGGUGUUAAUUACGCGCUUACACCACCUGACGACUAUCCUAUGAGUCAGUCGUCCUUCUGCAACGUCGAUACCAAACUUGGAGUCUAUGUGAACGGAUGGAUGGAAUUUUGGGAUUAUGCUGGAGGUGCUAGCUUCCGAGCCUUUAUCACAGAAGAUGGCGACGAGAAAUCUUUGUUUGCAUUCUUUGAUAGCGGGCUCGUAGGCCGCGAUCUUAAACAAGCACUCAUUGCUUUGAUUGAGUUAGCCGAUGGUCCAAUCGAAUGCUCACAUGUCGUGAUCUGUGUAGACCGUUCGAUGCCUCAUGAAUAUGCGAAGGCAUUGAUGAAGAGUCUUCAGUGGGUCGGUUUCGAAAUGACCACCUUGGACCAUUGGGCCAAAGACAUCGAUAUCAUCAGCGACAAAUGGUUAUUCAUGGGUAUGGAAGUCUAG